AUGGACCCAUCUAUGACUAUCUUCGAUUUACGAUUAUCACUGUCUUCUAUUCAUCUUAGAUCCAACAAUAUUCGUGAAUUGAUAAUGAUCAGUCAACAUUGACUGUGGACAUUUGUAUCUAUCUUUUGUGGAUGUUGUGUAUACAUCUCGCAACUUGUCAGGGCUAACUAGCGCAGCAACUCGCCAUGGAGCUCGAGCAUGCAUCGUAUUGCGAAUAUAAUCUCUUCUCGUUUUUAACGAUGAUUUCUUGGGGGGAGGGGGGCUUUAUUCCAAUAUGAAUAACGGUCAAGAAAUAACCAUAAUUAUCAUGACCCCUUCGAUGUCUACGACAGCAAUAAUGGAGGAGCGGAUUACUCUCCUUGAACAUAGCAAGACAGGAACGGGCCAUGGUGAUUUGCGUAUCGAAGGCGAUAUGCAGAGGGCAGAAUUCAGUAUGGUGUAUUACGAAGUCAUGGAGUAUACACUUACAGACAUGUACGACCGUUCACGCGGUACGUCUCAACUCAAAUCUUCUUGCUCGACAAGGUACGUUCAUGGGACUUUGAUGCGGGAGAAGAGACGCCCCUCGAAAGAGACCCGCGAAAAAAAGGUGGUUUUUGCGCUUUUACAAUGCCUUGUUUUUGGUAUUCGGAAGAAACUGCGAUGGUUCCUAUCCCAUCACGUGUCUCUCCCACUGUCCCAAAAAACUGCUGCUGCACGAGAUUGUCUUGCACCAUUAAUCGAGAGAUUUAAGUCUCCGGGAGUUAACAUCACAAACAGUCCAUUCCUUCCGGUUCGAAGAGUGGGACUCAGGACGGAAUUCCAGCUACUGCCAUAAGGACGAAGCUACAACGUUCAUAGUCUAUCCGUGCAUUAUAUCUCAAAGACAACAUGGUGAAGAUUGAAGAAGUCACUGACGCGGACCGCGAAAGGCCGAACUCCCCUUACUCCUCUUCAUCAAGAAACUCUUCCAGCACAUCUUUAUCAAUCGUUGUCUCAAACGACAAGAUUGUUGAAGAGAGGGACAAAAUUCGCUGGCAAUGUCGUGUGGA